AUGGCGUCCUCCCUGAUGUCCAAGACCUUCCUGGGGUCGCAGGUGGCGCAGGUGUCCGCCAAGGGGAAGGGCAGCCGCCAGGUGACCCGGGCUGCCAUCGAGUGGUACGGUCCCAACCGCGCCAAGUGGCUCGGGCCCUUCUCUGAGGGCGACUGCCCCAGCUACCUGAGGGGUGAGUUCCCUGGUGACUAUGGCUGGGACUCUGCUGGCCUCUCUGCCGAUCCUGAGACCUUCAAGAAGUACCGUGAGGCUGAGCUCAUCCAUGCCCGCUGGGCAAUGCUUGGCACCGUCGGCUGCCUCACGCCCGAGAUCCUGUCCAAGUAUGGAAACGUCGAGUUUGGCGAGGCAACAUGGUUCAAGGCUGGCGCCCAGAUUUUCUCUGACGGAGGUCUGGACUACCUCGGCAAUGCGAACUUCGUGCAUGCUCAGUCUAUCCUCGCCAUUUUGGCAAUCCAGUGCAUCCUGAUGGGUGGAGCUGAGGCUUACCGUGUCAACGGUGGACCCCUGGGCCCCGUCACGGACGAGCUUUACCCUGGCGGCCAGUUUGACCCUCUGGGCUUCGCCGACGACCCAACCACCUUCGCUGAGCUCAAGGUGAAGGAAAUCAAGAAUGGGCGGCUGGCCAUGUUCGCCAUGUUUGGCUUCUACGUCCAGGCUAUCGUCACCGGCAAGGGCCCCGUGGAGUGCUGGGCGGAGCACAUUGCCGACCCCUUCAACAACAACGGCUUCCAGGUUCAAUACAACACCAAGUUCGCGCCCAUGUAA